AGAACAGAUUGCUCAUAACUCGCACCAAGUCUACUCUCUCCGUUACCGUCAACCAACAGCGCGUGGAUCUUCCUACUGUUUCUUCAUCACUAUUGCCGUCAGUUCCGUUUCCUACUUGACUGAAUCUGCCGCCAUGGAAGGGAAUAUUACACAUCUAACUGCAGAAAUGUUACAUAAGCACUGAUGGGAAUGCAGAGGAGAUAUUCUGAAAUAUUCUAGGUAGCAUUUUGAAAAAUGUCAGAUGAUAUGGUCAUUCAUUUUGCAUCCAAUUCUUCAAACCAAUCAGAUCAGUCUCUGCCCACAAAGAUUGCUAAACUCGAGGCAAGAAUGGUGGGCAAAGCCUCAUCUACAUCUACAUCCCAAGCUACUUCCUGGUCUGCCCCAGCCAAGUUUGGGCUUGGGCCUGGGCCUGCUGACAAUGUUGCUGAGCUUGCUGUCUCUAGUGAUUCUGAUGACGAUGAUAAUAAUGGAAGGGAAUUUCUCAUACAAGCAAACACUCAGAAGCGGCGCAAACUUGAGGAUGACAACAGCUCAACUUCAUUUGAACAUGUGGAGACAGCAGCUGAUACUGUGAAAAAGAUAGUAGACAAUACAGACACAAGCAAAGUGGGUUCAGAUGUGAAUAGACGGAAACAAAGCCGUGUCAAGGGACAAACUAAUUCUGGUAGAGGACGUGGUUCCCGAGUUAGUGAUCAGACCAAGUCACAAGCAGUUUCUGUGUCAAAUGGUCAGCUCGAGAACUCUUGCCAGAAGUUGCAGGAUGGUUUGCCAAAAGAGCAAAUUGGGCACGAUCGACAGACUCUAAUCGAAGAGGAGAUCACUUCUUUACGGGCAAAAGUUGUGGCUUUGGAGGAAGAGCUUAAGAAAUCCCGUCAAGAGGCAUCAGAUUAUCAACAUCAGUGUCAACAGCUGGAAAAGGAAUUGAAGGAUCUUAAAGAUUAUGAGCAGCAGACAAAGCCAAAGAGGACGAAAAUAAUAUCUGAAUUGUUAAUAUCUGUUUCAAAAGCUGAGAGGCAAGAGGCACGAAUGAAAGUGCGACAGGAAUCUUUGAGACUGGGCAACGUGGGAGUAAUCAGAGCUGGAACCAUUAUUUCUGAGGCCUGGGAAGAUGGGCAAGCACUAAAGGACCUCAAUGCUCAGCUUAGAAACUUAUUAGAAACUAAAGAAGCUAUUGAACGGCAGCGUAAAUUGCUCAAGAAACGACAACCAGAUAAAAGUGAUGGAGGAGAUGUGGAGGGAGGUUUGCAGGAAGAAGAUUCUCUCAUUCAGGAUGAGAUCUACAAGUCUCGUUUAGCCAGCAUCAAACGUGAGGAAGAUGUGAUAAUGCGUGAGAGGGACCGAUAUGAACUAGAGAAAGGAAGGCUAAUUCGUGAAAUGAAACGCAUACGCGAUGAAGAUGGUUCUCGUUUUAACAAUUUUCAGAUUUUGAACCACCGAUAUGCCCUCUUAAACCUUCUUGGAAAAGGAGGAUUUAGUGAGGUGUACAAGGCUUUCGACUUGGUAGACCAUAGAUAUGUUGCAUGUAAGCUACAUGGACUAAAUGCUCAGUGGAGUGAAGAGAAGAAGCAAAGUUAUAUACGGCAUGCAAUCAGGGAGUACAACAUCCACAAGACUUUGGUGCACCAUCACAUUGUGCGGCUUUGGGACAUUUUUGAGAUAGACCAAAACACCUUUUGCACUAUCUUGGAGUACUGUAGUGGAAAGGACCUUGAUGCAGUUCUCAAAGCAACACCUGUGUUGCCAGAAAGAGAAGCAAGAAUCAUCAUUGUGCAGAUUUUUCAAGGCCUUGUCUACUUGAAUAAGAAGUCACAGAAGAUCAUCCAUUAUGAUUUGAAGCCAGGCAAUGUUUUAUUUGAUGAGUUUGGCAUUGCUAAGGUCACUGAUUUUGGCCUUAGCAAGAUAGUGGAGGAUGAUGUUGGAUCCCAGGGGAUGGAGCUAACUUCCCAGGGAGCUGGAACGUACUGGUAUCUACCUCCUGAAUGCUUUGAGCUAAGCAAGACACCUCUUAUAUCCUCUAAGGUUGAUGUCUGGUCAGCUGGUAUUUUGUUGUACCAAAUGCUGUUUGGCAAACGUCCCUUUGGGCAUGACCAGUCACAAGAAAGAAUACUAAGGGAGGACACAAUUAUUAAAGCAAGAAAGGUUGAAUUCCCUACACGACCAGCUGUCUCUAAUGAGGCAAAGGAGUUCAUUCGUCGUUGUUUAACAUAUAAUCAAGCAGAUAGGCCAGAUGUUUUAAGUAUUGCUCAAGACCCUUACUUGACAUACACAAAGAAAUGAUAGGAGGAUGUUAAUCCCAACUACUUGGACAGAGGGUCGUGCCUCUCGUCUAUGAAAAAGGCUGCUGUCCUAGUAUUGGUGCUCAAAGGAAUUUUGUAUAGUUGUAAAGCCAUGUAAUUUUUUGUCCCUCUACCUUCGACUAGAGGGGCGGGCGGCUCAAGGGGCCAAAAUUUUGAAGCCCCAAAAACUUCUAAUAGUACAUUUUAUGAUUUUAUAUUCGUCUAGACAGCACUAAAGUUUGUGGAAAAAAAAUAUAAAUAUUUUAUUUAAAAAAAAUACUUUGUAAUUGAUGGUGACUGAAACCAACUUCAACUGAAAGGAGCCGUGAGAUUUUGGGAGAAAAA